GGCCACGUGCAGCUACACUGGGACUCAUUUCCGGCAUGUGAGUGCUAGUGAUAUAUUGAAAGAGACUUGGAAAAUGUCUGCACUCUAUUCUGGAAUCCACACAAAACUGAAAAAUGCCAAAAUUCCUUGGGAAGACAAAAUAAAAUUAGCUCAUUUUGCAUGGAUUUCUCACCAGUGUUUUCUUCCAAAUAAGGAACAGGUCUUACUUGACUGGGUCUGCCAUGCUUUGGUUGGAUGUCAUUCCAAGAAACUGAAUCUGGAAAGAGAUAUUCAGCAGAAGCUUUGGUGUUUUCUGGACAGUAUUUUACGCAGUAAAAGGUUGGAAUGUCUAGUAAAAGAAGGAAAGCCUGUGAAACUUCGCUUUACUAUUGCACAGGUUAUGAAUGACUUCAUUUCUUUAUCAUCUGUGCAACAAGGCCCACCAGCUGACAUUGCAACCAUUUUAAGCUGCUGUCAAACUGUUCUCUCUACUCCUGCCCUUGCUUUUGUCUACACAACAAAAUAUGAAUUGAUGGUAGACUUAUUAAACAAACUGUGCACUUUGGCUUGCCGUUGCUUGAACAACCAAUCUGAACAACUCCUCACAAGUCAAGUACUUAAAAUCCUUCACUUGUCAUUCAAUCAAUAUCUUCAAGUACAGAGACAGCAAAGUAAUCCAAAUAGAGUUUUUACAUAUGUGAUGGCACAACUUUUUCAACCGUGUCUGCUGUUAAGGAAUACCUUGAAUGUUCGUGUUUGGAGUAAGGAUGAUGAUAGUCAAAUACGCCACCAACUAAUCAAGGACAUCCGCAGUAACAUUGAGACUGUUCUUUAUAGUGCCCUUUUUCAGCCAGAACUUUUGGCUUCAUACAAAGAAGAGCUUCUUGUUGAAGGAGACAUAUCAGAGAAGAAAAAGAUAUCACCUAAAAUACUUCUGACACCUGUAUCCUCCAUCUUGUCAAAACUAGAGGAUUGCAACUUCUGUAACCCAAACAGCUCUGUUUCACUCUUAGCCAAUUCUGUUUCUCUUAUAUAUAAAUUGUUUUUAGACUCGUAUUGCAAAGAUGGAAAGGAAAUAUUUUGCUUUUACAUGCUUGUCAAGCUGUUUCAGUGCCUUCAAUCAACUAUUCAAUUUCAGCAGGAAGACAAGGCAACAUCUUUUUCAGGUUACUCUGCAGGUCUUCCUGCAUUAGAACAGCUACUGAACCUUGCUCUCAGUCAUGACAUAUACAAUGUUGCGGAAGACCACAUAAGGCAUAAGGAUGUUCAGUACCAGUUCUAUCGUAAACUAGCAGAAAUGCUGAUAUGUAAUCCCUGCACUUCUACACAAUCUUGGUUUCGAUGCUUGAGAAGUUUAAUCCUAUUAAAUCACCUCAUCGUUGAACCAGACCUUGAUGACCUAUUAUCAUGUGCAUGGAUUGAUGCAGACAUUUCAGAUCUGCGCAUUAGAAAAGCACAGGAAUCUUUAAUUUCAAGCCUUCUCCAGACUUAUACUAAGCUUCGGCAGUUUCCAAAACUGUUUGAGGAAGUUGUGAUAUUGAUAUGCCGUCCUGCAGCUGAUGAAUUAAGAAAUGCUAUUAUAACUUCUAGUCUGAGUGAGAAACUUGCUGAUUUUCUUAUUCAGCUGCCUCCUAAUCAGAUUUUGGAUGUGUGGGCCAUUAUUCUGGAAAAGUGUAGUUGUGAUGUCCUUCCAGACAUUAAAGAUGACCCAGAUGUUUCUUUGAAAUUGGUCUCUCUCAGCUCUCUCCUGCAAUGCUUGUUGUUUAACAUGAAGAGUUUAGACAAUUAUACUCCAACGCCUGUUCUAGCAAGGUUCCAUGAUCUUAUGAAACAAAUGAUGGAUAAGCUGAUAAUGCCUUCCCUAACUUUUGUUAAGGAGGUUAGUGUAAACAUUGUAUCUUUGGCUUGGCUACCUAAACUCUGUGAUGCUGUCCUUUUGCUUCUCUACACGUGGGUAGAAGUAAAUACUGUAACUAAACUGAAUUGCAUUAAAUAUGUAUCACAGAUAAAAGAACUGCCCCUUCUUUUGGAAUCACCGAUUGAAGGGUGGGAUUUUUCAGUGUUCUGUGGAGAUAAAGAUUGUUGGAAUGAAGUCUAUAAACAUUGCACUGAAUCAAACCCAGUCAGCAAGUUUUACUUGGAGCUGCUUUCUAUUCAGAAAAUGAAGUUUAUUCUAAUGCAUUAUGCCUCUCCAACUGAAUGCAUGCAACUUGCUCUUCAGAAUGCUGCAUUUCUAAUUUUUCAUCCGGUAAGUGAACUUAAGGUGCCGAAACAUUACAAACCUUGGAGUGGAAAUGUUAACCUAGUUGAUACAAGUUCAUUCCAUGUUGCUCACUGGCACCUUAUUGCAUCAAAUCUUCUAAUUAUCCUUCCCUAUAUUCCACUGGCAAAUAUCUACAGUAUAACAGACUUUCUGCUAGAAAGUAUUCUACCCGCACAGUACACAAAAGACCAAACGGACAAAGAAAGCUCAGUUUCAUUCGAGGAUAUUUCAAUGGCUUUACUGAGAAGUGAUCAUUUUUCCGAGCUACCUGUAUUGCAGUGUGCAUUUAUAACCAGCAUUAUUAACAAAUGUGCCAUGGCCCUAAAAGAGAAAAAUGUUUUAAAUGUUAUUUGUGAUUUUCUCUCUGCUAAAGACUUAAAUUGGCAUGAAGAUUUUCUUUCAUCCUACAGUAAAGGAGCUAAAUUCUCUGCCAGUGAUGUGGCGGAUGCAUUCGGUCAUAAAAUAUCUGGAUGUGUGACAAAUUUGGAAGUUGUCGUACAGUAUAUAAUGUCAAUGACUAAAGAAACUAAAUCUGUUGAAUUAUGUGAUUCUGAAAUAAACCAUCUUGGCAAUCUAAUAGAAUUUUUUUCUGCAUUAAAACCGGACAGCCUGACACCCUCAGACCAGUGUCGCUGCUUUUUUAUGCUGUUGUCUAUAGCAAGGGCAACAAGCCUUAGGAGUCUCCAACUUGCAGGUGUUUGCUAUAGACUUAUGAUAUGCCUUUUAAAUGGUAAACAUUCCAAAUCUUUAUUCAAACUGCUCUUUGCUAGUGACAUUCUAAAAACUGUUAUCAUAAGCUUUCAGCUAAAUGAAUUGCAGUUGACUGAUGCAGAAAACAAACUGUACUGGCCUGAAUUUGUUUCCGUUGUGCAGUCUUUUUUUGACACACUGCUUGCUGUGGUCUUAGAGCGGAAACAGAGCUGCCUCCUGAACUUAGAGAAAUUUGCAGAAUUCGUGUUUCAAUUUGUCCCAGAUCCCAAAAGCAAAGACUGGAACUCUUGCAUAGGUCAGUUACUUAUUUCUGUUCUCAGUGGAUUAUGCAGAGUCCUAACAACUUGUAUCCAAGAACACAUUGCAGAUAAAAAGAAGAUUGAAACAUUUUGUGCUUUGUUGCAGCAGUCAGUUGUUACUAUGCAUAUAGUUGUUCAGCAAUGUCUCAAAGUCAGUGCUCCUUCUCAGAUUUUACCUUCAUUCCUCGUAUCCUGUACAACCACUCUUCUUGAAGCAGAACUUAGUUGCCAAGAUCAAAUCAAAGCUCAGAACAUUAUAGUCUACAGAAGUUUCUGCUUACAAAUUCUGAGAGAACUUCCAUAUGCUGAGAGACAAACUCUGUUUCUGAAAGCUGCCUUCCGUUAUUUGCUAAUAAGCAUUACCGUAGAAGAAAUCUACAGUGCCCAACAAAUGCUAGUCGGCUCUAUAUUUAAUUCUGUGAAAAAACUACUUUCUAGGCCCUGGAUCAAUAAUGAGAUUCUUCAGAUGGUAGAAAAGGAGCUAAAAGACCUAUUUAAUCAGAUGAUGGAGCGCUGUAGCUGUGAAGAAUUUAAUACAGUUCUACAGUCUACACUUCAAGGACUAGAAGUCGGCAACCUGUGGAAAAACAGUGAAAAGGAAAUAGUUUCUGGCGUCACAAUAACUAAACUGCUUCUUAAUAGUAUUUUAAAAGAAGACAAAGGAAAAGUGUUCUGGUUUACCGCCUCUCAGAUUAUGACAGCACUUGUUACUCUUGCUAAUGAAGCUUGCAAGGACCGCUCACUGCUCUCCGAAAUUGUUGUGCCUGUGAUGGACACUAUGGCCUUGUUGUUAAGGCGUGGAGAGAUGUUUCUGAUUAAUCCUCACCAUGUGACUCUUUCAUUCAGAACGCUCCUCACUGUGCCUCUGGAUCACUUGAGGUUUGAAGAAUACUACAGUAUAUUCUUGGCAGUACAUGAAGUGCUGUUUUCAAUACUGCAGUGUCAUUCCAAGGCAAUGCUAAAAUCAGUUGCACCAUUUUUGAGCACUUUCCAUAGAUUGCUAUCAUCUGUCAUGCAUGAGGGACAACAGAAAGGAGAUAAAGGUACAGUACUAGCUCAUGAAUCGGCGAUUAUUUUGAAAUGUGCACAACUAGUGGAACGAAUGUACACUCAUAUUGCAGCUAAAACAGAGGAAUUCACAGUCUUUUCUGCUUUCAUGGUUUCACAGUAUGUCAAUGAGCUACAAAAGGUUACACUUCAACCUGCUGUGAAGAAGCACCUUACAGGAGGUAUCUUUCACAUUUUGGACUUGUGCAUUGACCGUGAUAUUAAGUUCCUAAAUGCAUCCUUACAAAUGGGAGUGAGAGAAGUAUUCAAAGAACUGUACCAGGAAUAUACUCACCAGCACAAACAAAGGAAUAGAACAGAAGAAAAAUAUACUGUGUUAUAACAUACAAUAUGUAUUAUUCAUU